AAUUCCAACACUCACGGCUGAGUCUGGACAACUGCACACUGGCGCACAGUUUUCAUGCGCAAACACAAGUGAAAAAGAUGAUGACAUGACGCGCGGAGAUUUAUACUUCAACUGAUAGGCUACUGGCAACAACUUAAACCUUAAAACCUUUUCAAGUAGAGUUGGGAAAAGUCGCACUGCGUUGCAUCCAUCCGUUUCCUGGUCCAAAUUUGACGUCUAUCCGCUGUGGGCGCAAACUUCAUCACUUCUUCCUUUUUUUCUUUUUGCUGGGAGUUGUGCCUCUGGCUCCACCGGUAAGCAUUGGAUCCAUCGGCGUACUGCGAAACUCCGGUCUACAGUCCGGAUCUGUGCCCCAAUAUGAUUGCAACGCAAGCAAAGCUGGUUUACCAGCUCAAUAAAUAUUACAACGAAAGAUGCCAGGCGCGCAAAGCGGCCAUCGCCAAGACCAUACGAGAGGUGUGUAAGGUGGUGUCGGAUGUGCUGAAGGAGGUGGAGGUCCAGGAGCCCCGUUUCAUCAGCUCCUUGAGCGAGAUAGACGCGCGCUAUGAGGGCAUGGAGGUCAUCGCACCCAACGAGUUUGAAGUCGUGCUUUACUUGAACCAGAUGGGAGUCUUCAACUUCGUGGAUGACGGCUCUCUGCCGGGCUGCGCGGUACUCAAACUCAGCGACGGCCGUAAGAGGAGCAUGUCCCUGUGGGUGGAGUUCAUCACCGCCUCCGGUUAUCUGUCGGCGCGAAAGAUCCGCUCCCGCUUCCAAACGCUUGUGGCCCAGGCCGUGGAUAAAUGCAGCUACCGGGACGUGGUUAAGAUGGUGGCGGACACGAGCGAAGUGAAACUGCGCAUUCGGGAGAGAUACGUGGUGCAAAUCACCCCGGCCUUCAAGUGCACGGGCAUCUGGCCUAGAAGUGCAGCUCAGUGGCCCAUGCCUCACAUCCCGUGGCCCGGGCCGAACCGGGUGGCGGAGGUGAAAGCGGAGGGUUUUAACCUCCUCUCUAAAGAGUGCUACUCGUUAACGGGGAAACAGAGCUCGGCGGAAAGCGACGCCUGGGUUUUGCAGUUCGCCGAGGCCGAGAACAGGCUUCUGAUGUCGGGCUGUAGGAAGAAAUGCCUCUCUGUUCUAAAGACUCUCCGUGACCGACACCUCGAGCUGCCGGGACAGCCGCUCAAUAACUACCACAUGAAGACCCUGCUGCUGUACGAGUGCGAGAAACACCCGCGGGAGACUGACUGGGACGAGUCGUGCCUCGGCGACCGUCUGAACGGUAUUCUGCUGCAGCUCAUCUCCUGUCUGCAGUGCCGCCGGUGCCCACAUUACUUCUUACCCAAUCUAGACCUGUUUCAGGGUAAACCACACUCAGCCCUGGAGACAGCGGCCAAACAGACCUGGAGACUGGCCAGAGAAAUCCUAACCAACGCUAAAAGUUUGGAUAAACUGUAAGAUGCAAAAGGAGGACAUUUAUUGUUGGUGAAUAUUAAGGGACGUUUGAGAUCACAACACUGAAAGUGGAGAGAAUGUGAUCGUGGUGCUCUCUGAAUAAUGAAACCAAGAAAAUGAAAGAUUAAAAUAAAACUUAAGAUUGCAAAACUUAGCAUUUGCUUUUGCCAACGGGACAUUGCAGGAGAGAGAAAUGAAGGUACAUUUUAAACUAAGUGUAAUGAUUUUGUUGUUUGUUUGAACUGUUUUCACAAAGUGAAAAUUUUAUUUAAAUAUAUGCACAAGAUCUUUAAUUGCGAAUUACAAAAUGUAGCGUGCCAAGUUCAAUUUUUUUCAUGAUGUGAUCAAAAAUUGAAACGUGUAAUAAAAUCAUGACACGAUGAAAUUUAAA